GGACUUAAAUCUGUUGGCACAGAAAGACGUUUCGUUGGCGCCGGGGGGGUUUGGGUUUAUUUGAGAAGACGGCGAUAUAGAUUGAUCCCGUAUUUUUUUCUCACGAAUGCGUUAAGCGGCCAAGUGAGUUGUGGUUUCGUUCCGGUUCGACUCAUCUAUGGAUUCGUCUGUGAAGUCAUUUAACCCUAACAAGCAUUUGAAAGAACAGUAACAAUUUGUGAGCAAUCUUGAAGGAUCUUCGAUACUUGAAAUCUUUGCGCUAGCGACUGUAGUUCCCGCUCUGUUUCUUCUGCAACAUUUAUUCUGCUCCAGCGUUAUCAAAGAUCCUAAUGCUGAAAAAUUUUCUAUGAAGAAGAAUGAUGAUUUAGUUGUUGGUUUCAAGAGUUGGAGGGUUUACAUGGCAAGGAUGACAAUAGAUUUUCUGUUGAUUGUUCUUCCCAUGCUCCUAUUUUUCACUGUUCUAUCAGAAUGGACUUGUGUAGGGGCAGUUUGGCUGAUGUCGCUGUUAAUUUUCCUUAUUGCAGCUAAAAGAUACCGAGCUUCUCUUUAUUUGGAAGAUGAGGUCAAUUCUCUCAGGACAAUUAUCUCGUCCUACAGGGUUACUGUUAUGAUUGCUACAUGCUUGUGCAUUUUGGCUGUGGACUUCAAGGUAUUCCCUAGAAGAUAUGCAAAAACUGAGACUUAUGGCACUAGUCUAAUGGAUCUAGGGGUAGGCUCAUUUGUGUUGGCAAAUUCAUUGGUUUCACGACAAGCUCGGGGCUUCUCAACGUUGAAACUGAGAGGUGCACUUCAAUCUACUAGUCCACUUAUUGUUAUGGGGAUUGCUCGGCUUGUUUCAACUGUAGGUAUAGACUAUCAGGUCCAUGUGGGGGAAUAUGGGGUUCACUGGAAUUUCUUUUUCACACUUGCUGCUGUAUCAAUCUUAACAUCAAUCAUUAAUGUUCCCCCAAAAUAUUCUGGGAUUCUUGGUUUAUUAAUUCUAGUAGGGUACCAGAUCUGCUUGACACAUGGUUUAAAUGGCUAUUUACUUUCUAAUGAAAGGGGAACAGACAUCGUUAGCCAAAACAAGGAGGGAAUAUUUAGCAUAUUUGGAUAUUGGGGUAUCUAUCUUCUUGGUGUCCAACUGGGAAGCUAUCUUUUCUUUGGCAACUCUAAGCAAAUAUCCAGAUCCAACAAGUGGGCAAGAAUCAGAGUCUGGGUGCUGGCUCUUUUGUUUUGGUUGUUCACUAUCCUUCUAGACAGGCAUGUGGAAAGAGUUUCACGCAGAAUGUGUAACUUAGCUUAUGUAACUUUAGUACUGGCUCAAAAUCUCCAGGUCUUAGGAAUCCUAAUGCUAUCUGAUUUUAUCCCUGGACACAAGAUUUCUAUUCUGGAAGAAGCAUUCAACAGGAAUCUACUGGGAUCAUUUCUUCUGGCAAAUGUUUUCACAGGGUUGGUUAACUUGUUUGUUGACACCAUGUUUGCUUCCUUGGUCUCAGCCCUUGCUACGUUGGGUGCAUAUGCAUUUAUUCUCUGCCUUCUAGUUGGACUGGCUGACUUUUAUGGCAUUAAGUCGAAGUUUUGGUAGAUAACCUAUAAGGCUUGUACAAACUAAACUUUUUGAGAGGUACUUUUUAUUCGAUGAACUCCAUCUCUCCUAUAGCGAUCAAUAGUAAUUUAGUUUUGCUAGUGGAUUGAUUUGUGCUUGACAUUUGGCUAUAAUGUUUAUGGGGGUAUCUCAGCCCCAAGAACAAGAUUACUCUGAAUGCUCUGUAAAUGUUAUUGGCACCAAUUUUCCUUUUUCU